AUGAGGAAAGCUGGUCACGAUCUCUUUGUCUAUGGCAGUCUCCAGGAGCCCGAAGUCGUUCACGUGCUUCUUAAUCGCGUCCCUGACCGUGUGUCUGCCAUACUCUCCGGCUUGUUUAGAAUCAAAGGUCGUGUUUAUCCAACUAUUCUACCGGACGGUGCCGGAGAAGUCACCGGAAAGGUGCUAAAGGGAAUAACAGAUGAUGAACUGAAGUUGUUAGAUGAGUUUGAGGAUGUUGAAUAUGUCAGAAAGGCUGUUCAAGUGGUGCUGACGGAUACUUCCGAGAAGCUGCAAGUCGGAACUUAUGUAUGGAGGAACAAAGAGGAUCCGGAUCUGUAUGGCGAAUGGGAUCUCGAGAUAUGGAAGCGACAUGACAAGGACGGUUUCAUAACCGCAACAAAGAAAUUUAUGGAAGGGAGGAAACUACCAGAAGCAAAGACGAGGAUCGACACAUUCAAAACGUUCUUUAAACAGGAUAUUGAGAAUGGGAAACCUCUGGAUUCUUGA